CAUUUGACAGACCUCAUAAUAUAAUAUGUGUUCCAUGUGACUAAUUAUGUGGGAGUCAUUUGAACCCAUGACAUUUCUGUUGAACGUUUAACUAAAAUGGGAGAACAUAUUUUUGCCUUUGAAUAAAGUACACACUUCACUUUUGAAUCUGCAGAAUCUUAAUGUGAAAUCACCACACAUUUCUUUCCUUGGCCUUCUUCACAGUCACGGAAAAAACACAUUUAUUUCCCUAUUUCACAGCUUUGUUUGUCCUGCUGUGUCAGUGUUGUUUGUCAGGUUCUGUUCCUUGCUUUGCUGCAUACUUGGGUCAGAGUCUGUACAUGGAGUUGAGUUGGCCCCUGAGUAGAGGUUGCAGAUCUGUGGUAGGUUGCGUUUUAUUUGGCGGGUACAUGCCAACUCCACUGGCUCUUCUCUUGGAUAGAGAUCCUGCCUGCAUAGCUCAGGCUCCUGGCAGUCCUACUUCGGACAUGGUAACCUAACAGAUCGUCGUCCGCAGCAUUGAUUGUUCAAUUCCUGCAUGAGUCAAGUUCAGUUUCAGACACAAAUUCUCCAAAGAAAUGAUUACCUGAGUGUAAGGUAAAUGCAAACAAACUGAGCGCAAAGUAAACUGAAACAUCUAUUACAUGCGUUGUUGUUUGCCAUUUCUGUUCAUUGCAAACAAAAUUAUUAGCACUGUCACACAGCGUUUUUUGUAAGGGGAUGGUUUUGACUGUGGAUAUACUGUCUCUUUUAUGAAAAUCUAAUUUCUCCCACCUUGUCAAGCACACUUUUUAUCAGAGGCAGAUGCACAAGAGGUAAAAUCCUUUGUUUGUUUGUUUGUCUGGCUCAAUUUCAUGCCCCGCUUGGCACAUAAUAUUUCAAACCACAAUUCGGUUGCCCUCGGUUGCAUUAACAUAUAGAUAGAAAUGAGAAGUCUUCUAAAUAUAUCUGCCUUUGUCACCACGGAAAAGGAGCAAUGAAUCGUAGACGUUCCCUCGUGGCUCGUAAUAAAAAAUGUUGUAUGACGAUUACAGUAUCCGAAAGUUAUGAGAGAUAUUUAAUGCAUCAAUGCUGCCAUUACAAUGAUUUUGAUUUAACCUGACACAGUCCUAGUUAAACUCUGUGUAGCUUUCUGAUUUCUUUAUUUAUUGAUUGAUUUUUAUUCAUUUUAUCUUGCAGUUGUUGUCGAUGAGGAGUUUCCUGAGUUGUGUUUUCUGGGCGUACCGAAACACCACAGAAAACUUAAGCUGUCUCCUGCUUUACUAACACUUUUGGAUGCGGCAGGUCAUAGUGGAGACAACCACAGCCCCUCCUAACUUUCUCUGGUGGAGAAUUCAGCACUGCACUUCACUCAUUUAAUGGACAAACUGAAUGGACAUCAUCUCUACCAGCCUCACCAGUACGACGUGGACCUUGUGCUGGAGUGCCUCUGUAUAUUUAUCACCUCCAAGGGUUUACCGGCUUCCCACAAGCCAGUUUACCAGGUCCUCGUCUCCAAGGAGGAACGUUUACAUCACAUAAACCUGGCCUUUGAUGUGUUGAUAAACCAGGGCCUUAAGAAGAGUUUCAACAUCUGUACCUCCAGGCUUGAGGUCUUUCAGGCCCUGCGUGCACCCGGCGUGCUCCAGAUGAGUGAUCCAGCUAGUUCCUGCCACAAGCUCCUCAUCAGUCAAUCGUUCGGCUCAGAGAUGGCUCACACUGAGGGGCGGGACAAUGCUUCAUCCAAUCAAACAUACCCAGAGAUUAAAAUGAAAGAGAUUGAGACGAUAUACACACAGCAAGGAAAUGGCACUUUAUCAUUGCUUAAAGAAGACAGUGGGGUCAGUAGGUCAAAAUACCUCUCGGUAUCCCAUACACAUCUACCUGGUGUCCAGACGCAUCAACCGAUCCCACAAGCCAAGCACUUUUACAAGAAAGAGGACAGUGGAGGGGGAGUGGCUAGUGGGAGAGGGCGGGGCUUAUGCACAAUGGAGGGCAGAGCUGAUGAAGCGGGACCCCAAGAUGGUUCUCUCUCCUUUAACAGAGAGCAAAUAAUUGUGGAGGUCAAUCUCAACAACCAGACUCUGAAUGUCUCUAAAGGAUCCGAUGGCAAGGGUAUCACCUCAAGCCCCUCAGCCCUUCAUGCUCCUAAUAUGGAGGAGGAUAAGGAACAAGAUGAUGAAGAUGUUAGCCAGGAUGAAGGAGAGUACGAACAUGAAAAGGAAGAAAGCGAUGAAGAGGAUGAAGAAGAUGAGGAAGAGAACGACCUCAAUGCUCCAAAGGUGGGACACGCUGGCAUGGAAAGACCUCAGCGCGCCUCGAGAUUACAAACAGGAAUGAAAGCAACAGUCACCAUGAGGCAAAUGCUCAUCGGCACGGCGCUAACAGAACGAGGGGAGGGUAGGAGAAGACAAGAGCAGGAAAGUUUAGGUCAGAAGGUGAAGCUUGAGGAGAAGCAGCAUUUUUCUUGCAAGAAGUGCCCUCGUGUUUUUAACAACCGCUGGUAUCUGGAGAAGCACAUGAACGUCACUCACAACCGCAUGCAGAUCUGCAACAAAUGCGGCAAGCGCUUUCUUCUGGAGAGCGAGCUGCUACUGCAUCAUCAGACCAACUGUGAGAAAAGCAUACAGUGUGUGACCUGUGGGAAAGCUUUUAAGAAGCUGUGGUCCUUACAUGAACACAGCAAGAUUGUCCACGGAUAUGCAGAGAAGAAGUUCUCGUGUGAGAUCUGUGAGAAGAAGUUCUACACUAUGGCCCAUGUCCGGAAACACAUGGUUGCUCACACCCAGGACAUGCCCUUCACCUGCGAGACAUGUGGGAAGUCCUUCAAGCGUAGCAUGUCUCUUAAAGUGCACUCGCUUCAACAUUCUGGAGAAAAACCCUUCAAAUGUGAGAAUUGCAGUGAAAGGUUCCAGUACAAAUAUCAGCUGAGGUCACACAUGAGCAUCCAUAUCGGACACAAGCAGUUCAUGUGCCAGUGGUGUGGGAAAGAUUUCAACAUGAAGCAGUACUUUGAUGAACAUAUGAAGACUCACACAGGAGAGAAACCGUAUAUCUGUGAGGUCUGUGGAAAAAGUUUCACGAGCCGGCCCAACAUGAAACGACACCGGCGCACUCACACGGGUGAGAAGCCUUACCCCUGCGAUGUCUGCGGCCAGCGUUUCCGUUUCUCAAACAUGCUCAAAGCCCACAAGGAAAAGUGCUUCCAGGUCAACAACCCCAUGGUACCUUACCCCAUCCCUCUUGUCGUGGACCCCGCAUCGACUGAUUUGGACACAGCCAAUCAGAUACCAAGCCAGCACUUGACUCCUCCCAGUGAAGUGUCUGGUCUGCACCAGGUCAAGUCUCUCUCGUUUCCCUAUGGACAUCCUAUCGUAAGUGUCCCUCCUCCACCACUGUUUUCCACUGAAAGGGUUAAUUCCAGUAACAACUAAAUUGGUUUACUGUGUGAAACCCAAAGCUUACAGUAGCUGAACUGACUCCCGUGAGCUUUGUGCUCUCACAGGGGUUCCCAGACAUGUCAAGCGAAGACUGUUAUCAACAGUGUGGGACACUGAAUAUUCCUUAUGAACUGUUCACAUAUAUUAUUCUCAUAGAGAUAUUUUAUAUACUGUUAAAAUAAGCUUGCAUUAUGGAACGAAAAAAUGUUCUCGUCAUUUUUGUUGAUGUGUGUUUUGUGCGAGCUACAGGAUAAGCAUUUACCUUUUUACAUCCUCUGGCUAAAGCUUUUCACGCUUUAUCGGUUUAGUCGAGAUGAGAUUAGAUAUUUGAGCAAAAGAAAACAAUAUUAUAAAACAAAAACUGUGUAAGAGCUGCAAAUGUGUACUGAAUUCUUAACAGCAGAGGUCGCUGUGUGACGGGAACGUUGCAAACUCGGAAUAAACAUGUAGUAAUUGUGUCCCCCUGCAGUUACCUGCAGGACCUUUAUCACAGAGGAAUUAAACACCGGAAGUACUCGUCAAAGCAGUGUAUCGAUUUAUCCGGUUACGUUUUUACGAUAGGCUGCAAUCGCCUAUUUGAAUACCGCAAAUGAGUGUCCGCAAAAUGAUUAGAAAAUCCAGAAAUUUUAAAAGACAGAGGAAGAGAUAUUUUGAAGUUUACAAACUCAAUCGAAUUCAAAGUUUUACUCCAGCAAAGCCGAUCUGUGAAAACAGUGAGAAAAUUGGUGGGCGUGGCUUGCGUUUUUUACUGCAAAUUGAUUGAAUGUGUUAAAACAGCUGGGCAAUUCCAGCAUUAUGGAUGUGAGAUGUUGCGUUAUGGACGUGACAUAAAAAUGCUCAGAAAAUGAAUUCGUUACAAUUAUAUUGAAUCAUAUGUUUAUAUUUUACUAAAACCUUGUUGAUAGAGUCUAAACAUAAAAAAAUGUCAGUCUAAGAAAAUAAUAUAUAUAUAUUUAAAAAAAGGGGAAUAAACAUGCGACAAAAAAAGAAUGCGUUUUUUGGGAGAUGAUAAACUUUGUAGGAUUUCUUCAAAAUAAAAUGCACAAUUCUGAAGCAAUUAUACCCAAUGAAUGGAGAAGGGAUCCCUCUUUAUAGAACAUAAAAUAGUUACUUUAUAUAAAUUUUCAUGUGUCCAUUUAUGAUGAAUAUGAAGCGUUAUGGAUGUGACAAUCCUGAAUAUGGCACUUACCUGACUAUGAAAAAUCAUGCACUAAAAUAAAACAAAUGCUUUACAAAUUUGAAGAGAGAUCUCACAUGCGUAUUUGAACCACCAAAUGUUAAAAUCUGUGCUGUUACCAUAGUAAAAACCGCUGGGAAAAGCAUUUUCAUGGAAUUGCCCUGCUGUUGCAUUGAUUUUGAAAUGAAACAGGCAGCAGACUGACAGUUGAAGGGGAGGAGUUAUCGGAUGCUCCGGCCAAGCCGUCUAGUUUAUGUCAUUUAAGAUGUAUAGUCAUUUCAUACCGGAAGUGAAUUUUCAGAUUUUAACUGAAGAUUAUGAGGGUACAUGAAUUUUGAAAAUUGAUAAGUUGUUUACUAUAAAUGAUGAAAUAUUUCAUGAAAAAAAUAAAACUGGUCAUUUUUUUUUCAUUGGGAGCUUAAAGCAGCCAGGUGCUUCAGUGAUAGUGCUAGUUUGAGGAUUCAGCCAUUGGUUUUAACUGUGUUACUAUGCUACCGGAAAAAGCGACACACUGCUUUGCUUACCGGAUACAGGAAAUGUGAUAAAGGUCCACAUGAUGCAUGUAUAAUCACUCCAGCACCUUAUUUUUAAGUGUAGAAGUAUUUCUAUUGAAAGUAUUGCCCUCAUGAGGUCCUGUGUAUUUGCAGAGCCUUGUUUGGAGUGAGUCUGUGCAGGGCGCAGAAGGUUGAAAAGUUGGUUUGUUGUCGAAGCUUAUGUAGCACAGGCUCUUGAGAAAAUGUUAGAUGUUUAAAUGAAUCUUUAUCACUUAAAAAUCCAAAGAAGGAUGGUUCACAGUUUUUCUCCAGGCUUUGGAAAGUUACAGAGCACUUUACUCUCAGUGUGGGCCGUACAUGGAGUGGCAAAAAUCUGAAGACUAAACCACUUUUUGAGGAAAGGAGUGUGUUUUUUUGGGGAAAAAUUACGGCGUGUGCUUGGUUCAUAUAUUUUAAAUGUCUGAAAUGCUUUAUGGUACACCAUACAUUGCCAAAUAAGUUAGCUGAUAUGUUUUGUUGUCUUAAAAACAUUUACCAUAAUUCUGACAUCAGACCAGGAAUUUGGGGAUGAUUUACAUUUCACUCAUUCCCAAUGUAACAUAUGUAUUUACAUAGAUGUUAGAGAAAUCAAGGAAGGAAUAAACCUGUGUUUAUGAGGGCCUGUUGUGCACUUUGGACUCUUGUACGCUGUAAUAUUGAGAGGCCUCAUAAAAUCCUAAGAAUUAUAGAAAAUAUAUACAAUUUCUCUACCUACUAUCAGAGAGUAUUUAUAUAGACAAGGCAAACAUAAAACACACUUUACAAAUCUAGACGCAGUUAAAUAAAGUAUCUACAAUAGGUAUUACCAAGUAUAUAUACAGACACACACAUAGAAAUAUUUAAAUAUCUGUAUCUGUAAAUACAUUUAUGUAGGGUUUGUCAUUUAAAUUGUUUUUUUUGUUGUUGUUUACAUUCUACAUGAAGUCAAAUGAAUAAGAUGAGAUGCAAAGGUCAACACUCAUGAAAAUCUUGUAAAGAUGGAAAUAAUAUUGUAUAUGAGUAAUAAGCUUUGUACUUUUAUCUUAGAUACUUUAAGUUGUUCACAUUUCAACAGUCAUGUUUCGGAGUUCCUGAGUUGAGAAAACUUUUCCAGGCAAAGCAAGUGGUUUUAAAUGGUGCGUAAGUCUUACAUUUGGGUCACGUGUUUAGUGGAUUUAUGUUGUAAGUCAGUUUAGGGGCAGAUAAUGUCAAUGUUGGGGCACUAUACACCUGCCUUUAAGCGUUCAAUGGAAUAACAUUGCCAUGGUCCUGAAUGAAAUUACAAUGUGAAAUAAUAAUGAUGCUUUGCUGACCUUUGCACUUUGACAGAGAUUAAUAGCAGUGGCGUUUUAAUGCAGAAUGAUGAGUUUUUUUAAUAUCUUGCAAUAAUAUUGUGCCAGAUGAUGAUUGUGUAAGCCGUUUAGCGCUUAAUGGAAAUAUUUCAUUUUUGCCACGGAUUGACAUCUGACAUUAGUGUUUGUAAUGUUGACCUUUAGGCUAAAGCCUGAUGCACCUUAUGCCCUCGAUGACAUACAGUGUUGUCUUUUACAUGUCAGUCUUUAAUGAUCUUGUCGAUACUUAAUUAUGUUGCUUCUGUUUUCUGUUGGUAUUUUAAUAGUUAACAUGACCCUUUUGGAUUUGGUAUUUGCAAUAUUUUAUUGAAGGUAGAAAUAUGGAAAUCUUAAAACACUAGAAGGUUUUUUAUUAUGCAGAAUAUGCACAGUUGCUUUAUGGUCUUAUAAAAAGGUGAAUUACCACAUUUUUAUUUGGGCACUUUAUGUGGAUAGUAAUGUUGUGAUACGUUGUUUUGGAUAACAGAAGGUUUUAGUAAAAAGAGAAAAUAUUGCUAAAGAAUUCAAAGCCGUUUUGUUAAGCACGAAUUUUCGUUUCAUCAUCUUUUAAUGUGAAGUCUUAUGAUAUCAACUGAAAGCUGAUGGCAGUAAAUAGAUCUCCAUUUCUGGAGAUAUGGUAGUAUAUAAAUGACAAUUUCAUACUUUUAUUUUACAGAUAAGAGAACAUAUUUGUCUUACAAGUUGCAGAAUUAAUUGUCAAAGCCUUUUAAAGUAAUUUUUUUAUCAUUUUAUUGAAGAGUUUUUUAUUUCUGGAUUUCUGCUUAUUGGGCAAUAUUAGGGGUACUUUUGGCGUUUGUAAAACUUUUUUCCGUUUUUAAGACCUUUGUGUUUUUUAGUUUGUUUUUGAUAUUAUAAAACAGGACAUAUUAAAAGAGGAAUUUGAUGUGCACUUUGGAGCUUGGGGAGUUCAUUUAAUCUUAUUCCCAAUUUUUUUUAUACUAUUCACAGUAUAGUAAACUAUAUUUCUCCCAAAAACUAGCACUUACAGAAAAGUUUACCCAAAAAUGAAAAUUCUGGUAUGAUUUAACCACCUUCACUUCUAAACCUUGCAUUAUUAAGUCAAGCAAACGGCUUGAAUUUAGGUCAUUAUUUGCAAAAAGUCUUGUUUUACAGCUCACCAGUCAUUUUUAUUAAAUAAGGACUAUUGACAAAACAUUUAUUUUGGGGGUGUACUGUCCCUUUAACAUAUAUUAUUUUCGUUGUAAUAAGUCAAUCAUGAGUGUGACUGUACAUUUUUAAUUCUACAUGUAAAUGUAAAGUCAAUGUCUUAGUUAACCUUUGUGUACGAAGACUACAUGCAGACAGAAGUCGUGCUGGUUGUGUCAACCAAAUACUAAAACAAUACAUAGACUAGAGUCUAGCGGUGCUAAUAACAUUAGGCUGUAUUUUAUGCCAUUUACUGUUACAAGUAGUAUUUAUUGUCUGUAACAAAACAAAAUAAAAAGAUAAUUUCAAUAGUAAACCAAAUAAA